AUGGAGCUACAAGUGGAAAACCAAAGUCAGCCUUUCAACACCAACACUGUGAGGCUGCCAGCUAAACCUAUCCUGGAGAUGGGUGUAGAUAACUUUAUUUCUCUCCUGAUAUUUGGACUUAUUUUCAUCCUCGGUGUGCUUGGGAACACCAUGGUGAUCACGGUGCUGGCGCGCAGCAAACCGGGACAACCGAGGAGCACAACCAACAUCUUCAUCCUCAACCUGAGCGUGGCGGACCUGUCCUACCUCCUCUUCUGCGUCCCCUUCCAGUCCACCAUCUACAUGCUGCCCACAUGGGUGCUGGGAGCGUUCAUCUGCAAGUUCAUUCAUUAUUUCUUCACUGUGUCCAUGCUGGUCAGUAUUUUCACCUUGUCCGCGAUGUCCGUGGACCGCUACGUGGCCAUCGUCCACGCCAGGAAAUCCUCGUCGAUCCGGGUGGGGAGGCACGCCAUGCUCGGAGUGGUGCUCAUCUGGAUCCUGUCUUUGGUGAUGGCAGCGCCCGUUGCGCACUACCAGAGCAUCGUGGAGAGGGAGGACAACAACACCUUUUGCUGGGAGGUUUGGCCGGAUCACCAGAGGAAAGUUUACGUGAUGUGCACUUUUGUUUUCGGAUACCUCCUGCCGCUCACUUUGAUCUCUGUCUGCUAUGCAAAGGUUUUAAACCAUCUGCGCAAAAAGCUGAAGAAUGUCUCCAAAAAAUCAGAGCUCUCCAAAAGGAAGACUGCUCAGACCGUCCUGGUGGUGGUCGUGGUCUUCUGUCUGUCGUGGUUGCCUCACCACAUCGUCCACCUGUGGGUGGAGUUUGGCUCUUUCCCCCUGAACCAGGCCUCCUUCGUCUUCAGGAUGCUGGCUCACUGCUUGGCCUACAGCAACUCCUCUGUCAAUCCCAUCAUCUACGCCUUCCUGUCGGAGAACUUCAGGAAGUCCUACAAGCAGGUUUUCUGGUGCCGGCUGCCCAGCAAGUGUCCUAUGAACGACACCAGGGAGCUCCGCAGCAGGAUGGAGACGGCACCGUCCACUAACAUCAGUGUGGCUUAUAAAGGUCAUGAGUCUCAGAUCAGUAAAAUGCUUUGAUGUUGCUGCUUUUUUCUUGCUCUUUUUGUUCUGUAUAGAGAUAGUGGAUCUUUGAGGCCAAUACAUAUAUUGAUCUGUUUAAGAUUUUAAAAAAUACAUUAUAUAUAUUUCUUUUUUUAACAUACUGUGAACAGCUGUGUUUGAAGAGAGCUCUGUAAAACUCAACAAUGUUACUGAUUACUCAUUUUUAUGAAACAUUUUAAACAUUUUAUUAAUAAGGUAGUCUGGGUGUAUAUAUGGUAAGUAUCAGGCCUGUUUCCUGCUCCAACAAACCACAAGAGGAGGAAAAACUUGGCAGCUGUGUGAGGUACAAAAAGUGCUACAAAUUAGAAAGAAACAGUCCCUUAAGGAUUUUGUAGGGCCUAAAAUGUGUGAUGUCAUGGCAGCUUUUCUCAAAAAAUGCAAUGCACGUUGCAAUGUCUUUUUUUUUGCACUGUGGUUGUGGAAGCAGGUGAAAACUGUAAAAAAUUAGUUGCAUUUGUUUUUAUCCCCCCCAAAGUUACACCUGAUGCAAAACAGUUUCCCCCUCCUUCUGUGCAGAACAUCAGGGAAUUGCCUUGCAUGGUGUUUACCAGUAACCGUAGUAGGCAACUACAGUUAAGAUUCUGGUGAUCGGACAAAAUUGCAAGGUCACACAGAAUUCACAGGGAUGGGUUGAAUUUGAGUUAAUUGUUGUGAUUGUAGGGAGCCCUGUGCGGAUUGUUGGGGAAUCUUCUCUCAAUAUAGCACUUACGACUUCUGUGCGGAGU